GCACGCGAACCUUACAAAGCGUCACGAGUUGCAGAAAUGAUCAUGGGGAGUUGAGAGAGAAUAAUAGUUGUUAGGCAACGACGGCUGAAGUUAAUGAAGCGAACUAUUGACAGCUCGGCGAAUUAGCGGGGAGCCACCAUGGCUAACAUCACCAAGAAAGUGUCGUGGUCCAGCCGGGGCGAUGACUCCGCUUUGACCGGGGAGGGGACACCGUUACUCAACGGCACUGAGAUACCGAAACCUUCCAGACAGCUGUCCGGAUCAGGCAGUGUAUUUCGGAUAGGCAGAUUCAGCACGGUGGAUUUGGAAGAUGAUAUAACAUCAGAAGAGGACCCUAUUAGGGGCCGACCGAAAGAGAUCCCACACAACGAGAAGCUGCUGUCACUUAAAUAUGAGAGUCUGGAUUAUGACAACAUUGAAAACCAGCUCUUUCUUGAAGAGGAGAGAAGAAUGAGUCACAUGGGUUUCCGCUGUCUGGAGAUCAGUCGUUGGGUAAUCUGCGGUCUGAUUGGCAUUCUAACGGGUCUCAUCGCCUGUUUUAUAGACAUUAUGGUGGAGAAACUGGCUGGGUACAAAUAUCAAGUUAUUAAAGAGAACAUUGAAAAGUUUACAGAGGUGGGUGGGCUGUCUAUUUCUCUCAUUCUCUGGGCCGUUCUCAACUGUGCCUUCGUCCUGGUGGGGGGCGUCAUGGUUGCGUUUUUUGAGCCAAUAGCAGCUGGAAGUGGUAUUCCUCAGAUAAAAUGUUACCUAAAUGGAGUCAAGAUUCCCAGGGUGGUACGGCUCAAGACGCUGGUGGUGAAAGUGAUUGGCGUUAUAUGUUCAGUAGCUGGCGGUCUUGCUGUUGGAAAGGAAGGUCCCAUGAUUCACUCUGGUGCUGUUGUAGCUGCGGGAGUCUCACAGGGCAGAAGCACCUCCUUAAAACGGGACUUCAAGAUGUUUGAAUACUUCCGGAGAGACACAGAAAAGAGGGACUUUGUUUCUGCUGGAGCUGCUGCUGGAGUUUCUGCUGCUUUUGGGGCACCAGUUGGCGGAGUUUUGUUCUCUCUAGAGGAGGGAGCUUCUUUCUGGAACCAGAUGCUCACAUGGAGGAUAUUCUUUGCCUCCAUGAUCUCCACCUUCACACUGAACUUCUUCCUCAGUAUCUAUCAUGGAAAACCAGGAGACCUUUCCAAUCCAGGUCUCAUUAACUUUGGACGCUUUGAAAGUGAUAGUGUGGCCUAUUACUACUACGAGAUCCCUUUGUUCAUGUGUAUGGGAGCUUUAGGUGGGUUGUUGGGAGCGCUCUUUAAUUCACUCAACUACUGGCUGACUAUCUUCAGGAUCAGGUAUGUGCAUCGCCCAUGUUUGCAAGUGAUAGAGGCCUUGUUGGUGGCUGCUGUGACCGCAGCAGUGUCAUUCACCAUGAUUUAUUUUUCCAACGACUGUCAGCCUCUGGGGCCCGAACACAAUGAGGAGUACCCACUGCAGUUGUUUUGUGCAGAUGGCGAGUAUAAUGCCAUGGCUACAGCAUUUUUUAACACUCCUGAGAGAAGCGUUCGUAGUCUCUUCCACAAUCAGCCGGGAAGUUACAACCCUCUGACGCUGGGUUUGUUUACUCUGACCUAUUUCUUCCUGGCGUGUUGGACAUACGGCCUGGCAGUGUCUGCUGGUGUCUUCAUCCCGUCUCUUCUAAUAGGAGCAGCUUGGGGGAGGCUGUGUGGGAUACUGCUUGCCUCUUUCACUCCCACUAGCCCGAUUUGGGCUGAUCCUGGUAAAUAUGCUUUGAUUGGAGCUGCAGCACAGUUAGGUGGCAUUGUAAGAAUGACUCUCAGUUUGACUGUCAUCAUGGUGGAGGCAACUGGAAACGUCACGUACGGCCUUCCCAUAAUGCUCGUUCUCAUGAUUGCCAAAAUAGUGGGAGACUACUUUCAGGAGGGUUUAUACGACAUUCACAUCAAGCUGCAGAGUGUUCCCUUCCUGCACUGGGAGGCUCCUGCCACCUCCCACUGGCUGACUGCCAGAGAGGUGAUGAGUUCUCCAGUCACCUGCUUCAACAGGAUAGAGAAGGUGGGAACAAUCGUGGACGUCCUUAGCAACACAUCAACAAAUCACAAUGGCUUCCCUGUUGUCGUGCAGGUUUUGGAUAGUGAUGAGCCAGCAAAACUCUGCGGUCUCAUCCUGCGCUCUCAGCUGAUUGUUCUUCUCAAACACAAGGUGUUUGUGGAGUUGGCCCGGUCCCGGCUGUCUCAGAGGAAGCUCCAGCUGAAAGACUUCAGGGACGCCUACCCCCGCUUUCCCCCAAUCCAAAGCAUCCACGUCUCCCAGGACGAGAGAGAAUGCAUGAUGGACCUCACUGAGUUUAUGAAUCCAACACCUUACACUGUACCACAGGAUACAUCACUCCCCCGUGUGUUUAAGCUGUUCAGAGCCCUGGGACUGAGACACCUGGUGGUGGCAGAUGAUGUGAACAGGGUGAUUGGACUGGUGACAAGGAAGGACUUGGCCAGAUAUCAUCUGGGCAAACAUGGGCUGGAGGAGCUGCAGCUUGCCCAGACAUAGUGUGCCCACAUACACACGCCCAUAGACUGACCACAUGUUGCCUCAGAAGCUGUUGACCAUCCGUUUGGCAGCCCAGAAGGACGCCUUCAAGGGCCAAAGAUCUCUUUUUUGAAUAAUUCUAAAAAACAUCCACCCCUCUGUUAACGCUGAGUGACGGCAUUUUCUUCUAAAGGAUUCAAAUUAAUAGUUUUUCCAGGAUAAUUCCAGGAACUGUAUUUUAUUUAAUAAUUCACCAGAUUUUUGCGCUGAGGCAACAAAUGAUGCUUGACUUUCUUGUCUUUUAUUCUUAAUCGUUUUGGUUGUUUAGUUGUUUUUCACACACUUUUACAGAGUUUUACACACACACACACACACACACACACACACACACACACACACACACACACACACGUCUGUGGCCCCAAAUAAAGUUGGACUGGAUCAGUUAGAAUGAAAAUCAAUUUGCUUAUAUUCUAAACAAAUCUGUUUAAUUUUUGUUAACUUGGAAAAUAUUUUGCGUUGUUAGCCACAGCAUUUAAACCAGUGACGGAUGAAGUGAGUCACUCAUCUCAGAAGCGUUGUGCUGGGAAACACUGUUGCAGACUGAGCAUGCUCCCUCAUUGUAACAGACUACAUGGAAAAAAUACUCAUGAGCAGCAUGAUAAAUAACCCGAGGUGUUGACCCAGCCUCCAAACUUCCAAGUUUUUAAUCCAGUCAAGGAUCCGUGGAACCCAUCGGAUCACCCCUGAGAACCCACUCCCCAACCAUCAGCUCCCAAAGGAUUUUCCUAGUGCAUUUCUACUGUUGUUAGUCCCAUUCUGCCUCCCUACUUUCAUAAACUGUUAAAUGUUAGUUCCUUCAUGAGGUGGUGUAGCUGGAUGCUGUGGAAAUGCAGGUGUACAGGAUGGUAACUUGCUUCAGAUUGUGUGAGACGGGUCUUUUAUAUUCCUGCUGCUGCGCUACAGGAUACUUUGAAGUGUUUUGCUUAGAAAAUCUGAUUGUGAGUUGUCGUGUUCAAGAGCUGGUUUAAAGCACAGCUACCGACCACUGAAGGUUUGCAAUGAUAUCUGUGUUUGUGUAGUUUUGCACUGAAAGACUGCUGUUAUUUAUUGUACUACUUAGAUUGGUACUCAAAGGUACUUUUUCCACCUUUGAAGGUUUGCACUUUGACCUGCUACUGAAGACUUCCCACGAGUGUCCCUAUUGGAGCUCUGUAUGAAUGUAAACAAUAGUGUGCCACAUAUCUUCUUUGCUACCCUGACAACACAUUUUUCUUAUUGAUUGUAAUCGUGUCUGUUUGUAUUUCUAACACUUCAGUCAGCAGUGUUGUCGAUUUCUUUGGGCUUUUAUUGUUUUUACCCUUCCAGAUGUAAACAUGCAAAUGUUGCUCUAUUUUAUGGAUAAACCUUUUUGUGAAUGAAUAAAGUUUUAACUAUUAUCAUACAA